CAUGUAUACACAGCAUAGUGUGUGAGAGGGAGGCUGGCACUGCUACUGUCUGUGCUGUGUAUACAUGUCACUGUGUAGUAGUGUGUGUGUGAGAGGGAGGCUGGCACUGCUGCUGUCUGUGCUGUGCAUACAUGUCACUGUAGUAGUGUGUGUGUGAGAGGGAGGCUGGCACUGCUGCUGUCUGUGCUGUGCAUACAUGUCACUGUAGUAGUAGUGUGGGUGAGAGGGAGGCUGGCACUACUGCUGUCUGUGCUGUGUAUACAUGUCACUGUGUAGUAGUGUGUGUGAGAGGCAGGCUGGCACUGCUACUGUCUGUGCUGUGCAUACAUGUCACUGUGUGGUAGUGUGUGUGAGAGGGAGAGGCUGGCACUGCUGCUGUCUGUGCUGUGUAUACAUGUCACUGUGUAGUAGUGUGUGUGAGAGGGAGGCUGGCACUGCUGCUGUCUGUGCUGUGCAUACAUGUCACUGUGUAGAAGUGUGUGUGUGAGAGGGAGGCUGGCACUGCUGAUGUCUGUGCUGUGUAUACAUGUCACUGUGUAGUAGUGUGUGUGAGAGGGAGGGUGGCACUGCUACUGUCUGUGUUGUGUAUACAUGUCACUGUGUAGUAGUGUGUGUGAGAGGGAGGGUGGCACUGCUGCUGUCUGUGCUGUGUAUACAUGUCACUCUGUAGUAGUGUGUGUGAGAGGGAGGGUGGCACUGCUGCUGUCUGUGCUGUGUAUACAUGUCACUCUGUAGUAGUGUGUGUGAGAGGGAGACUGCUACUGUCUGUGCUGUGCAUACAUGUCACUGUGUAGUAGUGUGUGUGUGAGAGGGAGGCUGGCACUGCUACUGUCUGUGCUGUGUAUACAUGUCACUGUGUAGUAGUGUGUGUGAGAGGCAGGCUGGCACUGCUGCUGUCUGUACUGUGCAUACAUGUCACUGUGUAGUAGUGUGUGUGAGAGGGAGGCUGGCACUGCUACUGUCUGUGCUGUGUAUACAUGUCACUGUGUAGUAGUGUGUGUGUGAGAGGGAGGCUGGCACUGCUGAUGUCUGUGCUGUGUAUACAUGUCACUGUGUAGUAGUGUGUGUGAGAGGGAGACUGCUACUGUUUGUGCUGUGUAUACAUGUCACUGUGUAGUAGUGUGUGUGAGAGGAAGGCUGGCACUGCUACUGUCUGUGCUGUGUAUACAUGUCACUGUGUAGUAGUGAGUGUGAGAGGGAGGCUGGCACUGCUGCUGUCUGUGCUGUGUAUACAUGUCACUGUGUAGUAGUGUGUGUGUGAGGGAGGCUGGCACUGCUGCUGUCUGUGCUGUGUAUACAUGUCACUGUGUAGUAGUGUGUGUGUGAGAGGGAGGCUGGCAUUGCUGCUGUCUGUGCUCUGUAUACAUGUCACUUUGUAGUAGUGUUUGUGAGAGGGAGGUUGGCACUGCUGCUGUCUGUGCUGUGUAUACAUGUCACUGUAGUAGUGUGUGUGUGUGAGGUAGGCUGGCACUGCUGCUGUCUGUGCUGUGCAUACAUGUCACUGUGUAGUAGUGUGUGUGAGAGGGAGAGGCUGGCACUGCUGCUGUCUGUGCUGUGUAUACAUGUCACUGUGUAGUAGUGUGUGUGAGAGGGAGGCUGGCACUGCUACUGUCUGUGCUGUGUAUACAUGUCACUGUGUAGUAGUGUGUGUGAGAGGGAGGCUGGCACUGCUGCUGUCUGUGCUGUGAAUACAUGUCACUGUGUAGUAGUGUGUGUGUGAGGUAGGCUGGCACUGCUGCUGUCUGUGCUGUGCAUACAUGUCACUGUGUAGUAGUGUGUGUGAGAGGGAGGCUGGCACUGCUGCUGUCUGUACUGUGUAUACAUGUCACUGUGUAGUAGUGUGUGUGUGAGAGGGAGGCUGGCACCAUUUCUGUUAUUAUAUACUGUAUUAAAUUAGUUGGCCUAUCUGUAUUAAUCUUUACUGUGUGUCACACUGUGUGUAUUCUCUGUCUGCAUCUCCAGGCUUCAUUCCAAUAACUUGAUGAGUUGCUACUUUUAACUUGUUUGGGUAUCUCUGGUUUCCUGGAAGAUUAGAUAUAGCAGAAUCUUGCACGUGCUCUUUGUACACACCCGGUUUCUGGGCACACGCCACUGGUAAUCUCGGGAUAUUUUACGGAAUCGCAACACUAAAAAUAAUUCUGUACUUUUCCAAUUUAAAUUCUGGGGCAGUGAAUUAUAUUUAUAUUAGGGAUGUCCAGUUUUCUUUAAGGGACCCACACAGGGCAGAAUGUAAGCUCUUGGCUGUUAUCUAAAGCACUGAUCAAACAAGAGGUUACGUAUCCCUGAUUAAAGGGAUUUUUUUUGUCAAUCUAUUUAUUUCAUCUAAGAUUUGGCAUUUCAAAAUAUAUUUCAGGUUUUGUUUGUUUUUUAAAUAUUUUUCUGUCCAUUAAUAAACCAAACUUUUUUCUUUUCAUACUUUUUCAAUCUGUCCCUCUCCUCCAAAAAAACAGCACCAGUUGCUUUUUAUCAACCAGUAAGGAUUAGUAGGGAAAUACAAUACCCAUACUGCAGUGUUACUUUUAGCUUAAAUAACUCUUGAAGUUUUUAGACAAAAUAAAUAUAUAUAUAUGAUAUUAUAUGAUGUGUUAAAGGGACAGUCCAGACCAAAAUAAACUUUCAUGAUUCAAAUAGGGCAGGUGAUUUGAAACAACUUUCCAAUUUACUUUUAUCACCAAUUUCUUUUACAAGAUAUGACGAGUCCACAGAUUUCUUCCUUAUGGGAUAUUGCCUCCUGGUCAGCAGGAGGAGGCAAAGAGCACCACAGCAGAGCUGUAUAUAUAUAUAUAGCUCCUCCCUUCCCUCCCACUCCAGUCAUUCUCUUUGCCUGUGUUAGUGAUAGGAAGAGGUAAAGUGAGGUGUUAGUUUAGAUUCUUCAAUCAACAGUUUAUUAUUUUUAAAUGGUGCCAGUGUGUACUAUUUUUCUCAGGGCUAGAGCUUCUGGCUUUUCAGCAAUGGACUGGGGAGAUUCUCACUCUGCAAAUACGCUCCCAUAUUGAUUGCUGCCCUGCUGAUGGUCUUAACAGAUAUUAUCUAAGACUCUUAUUUGUCCCCACAGAUGUGCUGGAGGUGAGGAAAAGGGACAUCUUCAUUGUGUGGGACAGCUUCAUACUGCGUUUAGCGUUGAGGUAUGUACAGUCAUUUAUUUCUGGGGAGACUGAAGUAUCUCAGAACAGACUGGCACUUAUUCCCUGUACAGGGAAAGGGUAAUCGUUUUGUAUUACAAGUUAUGUGCAUAAGUAUUCCCUUUUUUUUUGUUUGGAUAAUCAGUAGCCUAAUAUAGAGUUAACCAUGGGCUAUGUUUUUAUUAUGGGCUUGACGCUGGGAGAUUAUGGCAUGCGCAGCAAAGUAUUCUAUUUAACUUUGGCAAUAAUAGACUUGUGUGUGUUUAUGUGAAGGGGCACAUUGGUGAUUCGAGGUACUUUUAUAAGAACUGACAUGUUUAUUUGCCAUGCGGUGCUUGCUGUAACCAGAGACUUUAGGUUUUUUUUGAGUUUCGCGCUCUCAGACGCGCAUUUUAUAUCCGGAUCCUGUCUUGGAGUAGCAUGUAUCUAGGCUCUGGUGUGGCCUAAGUCGCCUGUAUUUACAAACUUCACAAGCGACCAUAGGAGCGCCGUCCACGACUAUUCAGUGUUUCGUUUGGACAGGUAGGUGCCACAGCAGAGCUGUGGCGAGGUGCAAGGGGUUAAUUUAGACAUUAAUUGCUUUAAUCGGUUAUACACUUACAGUAUAAAUUUUUAUAAAUCUUAGGGUGUUUUCAAAUUAAUGCAGCUUAUUGCGGAGCAAUAAACGCAUUUACGGCUUUAAUUUUUAAAGAGACAGUACACCCAUUUUUUUCAGCAACUUUUCUGAAGUGUUUGCCUUUUUAAAUUUAUUUGGAAUUUCAGAUAAAACGACCAAUAUUGCUAUUGCUGGUUUGUUUGUCAUGGCUGAACUUCCUGUUCUAUGUGUUUAGAUGCCAAUGUGGAACCCCCUAUUCCUUUUUGUCCCUCAUGUACUGAGAGGGCUUUACAAUGUAAAGUACAAAUAUUCUUUAAUGCAAGUAUAUCUAAGGAUGCUUCUCAGGCUGAUGAGACUCAGGGUAUGCCACAACUUUGUCCCCAAGCGUCACAACCUUUAACGCCUGCACAAGCGACGUCAUGUUCUUCAACUGCGUCCAUUUCAUUCACUCUGCAGGAUAUGGCUGCAGUUAUGUCAUCCACUCUUACAGAAGUUUUAUCUAAGUUGCCAGUGUUACAAGGCAAACACAGCAGGACAGAGGCCCACAUGGUCCCUGCGUCUUCUGAUGCUUUAAUUGCUAUCUCCAAUAUACCUUCCCAGGGCUCUGAUUUGGGAGGUAGGGAGGCUCUAUCUGAGGGGGAACUGUCUGACUCAGGAAGUGCAUUACCCCCGACAGAUUCAGACGUCAUGUCCUUCAGAUUUAAACUUGAGCACCUCUGCAUUUUGCUGCGAGAGGUUUUGGUGACUCUGGACGACUGUGACUCUAUUGUGGUCCCACCAGAGAAAUUGAGUAAGAUGGACAAAUACUUAGAGGUCCCUUCUUAUUCUGAUGGUUUUCCGGUUCCUAAGAGAAUUUCGGAAAUUAUUGCUAGGGAAUGGGAAAGAACGGGUAUCCCGUUCUCCCCUUCCCCUAUUUUUAAGAAAAUGUAUCCUAUAGCUGACACUAUUCGGGACUCUUGGCAGAUGGUCCCUAAGGUGGAGGGAGCUAUUUCUACUCUGGCGAAGCAUACAACUAUUCCUAUAGAGGAUAGUUGUGCUUUCAAAGACCCCAUGGAUAAGAAGUUGGAGGGUCUCCUUAAAAAACCCUAUAUUAAUCGGGGGGUUUAUUGCAACCGGCUGCUUGCAUUGUAACAGUCAUGACUGCAGCUGCCUUUUGGUUUGACGCUCUAAAAGAGUGUCUUAGAACUGAGACCUCUUUAGAGGAAAUACAGGACAGAAUUAAGGCGCUGAAGCUGGCUAAUUCUUUUAUUACGGAUGCUUCCUUUCAGAUAACCAAGUUAGCUGCUAAGAGUUUGGGAUUCUCCAUCUUAGCACGAAGAGCUUUAUGGUUAAAAUCUUGGUCUGCGGAUGUGUCCUCUAAAUCCAAGCUUUUGGCUAUUCCUUUCAAGGGAAAGACCCUAUUCGGGCCUGAUUUGAAAGAAAUCAUUUCUGAUAUUACGGGAGGUAAGGGUCAUCUCCUCCCUCAAGACAAAACAUCUAAGCAAAGGGGACGACAGAGUAAUUUUCGUUCCUUUCGUAAUUUCAAGGGAGCCCCCCCUUCCUCUACCGCUAAGCAGGAAGGGAACUAUUCUCAAGCCAAAGCUACCUGGAGACACAACCAGGCUUGGAACAAGGGUAAACAACCCAAGAAGCCCGCUGCUGCUCCCAAGACGGUAUGAAGGGGCGGCCCGCGAUCCGGGACCGGAUCUAGUAGGGGGCAGACUUUCUCUCUUUGUCCAGGCUUGGAUAAGAGACGUUCAGGAUCCCUGGAUACUAGAAAUCGUGUCUCAAGGGUAUCAGUUUUAUUUCAAAAAUUCCUUCCCAAGGGGAAGGUUUCUUCUUUCACGAUUGUCUGUAGACCAGAUAAAAAGAGAGGCGUUCUUACGUUGUGUAAAAGACCUCUCCACUAUGGGAGUAAUUUGUCCCGUCCCCAUACAGGGGCAGGGGUUUUAUUCAAAUCUUUUUGUGGUUCCCAAAAAAGAGGGAACGUUCCGACCCAUUUUAGACCUCCAAAGUCUAAACAAGUUUCUCAGAGUUCCAUCCUUCAAGAUGGAGACCAUUUGGACAAUUCUUCCAUUGAUCCAGGAGGGUCAAUAUAUGACUACCGUGGACUUAAAGGAUGCAUAUCUUCAUAUUCCUAUCCACAGAGAUCAUCACCACUUCCUAAGGUUUGCCUUUCUGGACAAACAUUUUCAGUUCGUGGCCCUUCCUUUCGGACUGGCCACGGCACCCAGGAUCUUCACAAAGGUCCUAGGGUCUCUGCUGGCGGUUCUUAGACCGCGGGGCAUUGCAGUGGCGCCUUAUCUGGACGACAUUCUGAUCCAGGCGUCGUCUUAUCAGCUGACAAAGUCUCAUACCGAGAUUGUUCUCUCCUUUCUAAGGACUCACGGGUGGAAGGUGAAUCUAGAAAAGAGUUCCCUAAUUCCACAGACAAAGGUUCCUUUCCUGGGAACUCUAAUAGACUAUAUCCAUGAAAAAAUGUUUGACAAUGUCAGAAAGUUAAAGAUUCUGAAUACAUGCUGAUCCCUUCAGUCCAAUCCUCGGCCAUCAGUGGCUCAGUGCAUGGAGGUAAUUGGAUUGAUGGUGGCGGCAAUGGACAUCAUUCCGUUUGCUCGUUUUCAUCUCAGACCUCUGCAACUGAGCAUGCUCAGACAGUGGAAUGGAGAUUAUGCAAAUUUGUCUCCUCAGAUAGAUCUGGAUCAGGAGACAAGGGACGUGCUUCCGCAGACCCUCAUGGGUGAUAUAGUGACAACGGACGCCAGUCUACUAGGUUGGGGUGCAGUCUGGGAUUCCCUGAAGGCUCAGGGUGUGUGGACUCGGUCGGAGUCUCUACUUCCAAUCAAUAUUCUGGAGUUGAGAGCAAUAUUCAAUGCGCUUCCGGCUUGGCCUCAGUUGGCUUCGGCCAAGAUCAUCCGAUUUCAGUCGGACAACAUCACGACUGUGGCUUACAUCAAUCAUCAGGGAGGAACAAGGAGUUCCUUAGCGAUGACAGAAGUAUCCAAGAUAGUUCUGUGGGCGGAGGCUCACUCUUGUUAUCUGUCAGCAAUCUACAUCCCAGGAGUGAACAACUGGGAAGCGGAUUUUUUGAGCAGACAGACGUUUCAUCUGGGGGAAUGGGAACUCCAUCCGGAGGUCUUUGCCACCCUGAUUCUCAGAUGGGGCAGGCCGGAGCUGGAUAUUAUGGGAUCUCGUCAGAAUGCCAAGCUCCCGAGAUACGGAUCUAGGUCCAGGGAUCCUCAGGCCGAACUGAUGGAUGCCUUGGCAGUGCCUUGGUCGUUUAACCUAGCUUAUGUGUUUCCACCGUUUGCUCUCCUUCCCCGGGUAAUUGCUCGGAGCAAACAGGAGAGGGCUUCUGUGAUUCUUGCAGGACUUGGUAUGCCGAUCUGGUGGACAUGUCCUCUCUGCCACCGUGGAAGCUUCCAUUGAGGCAGGACCUUCUCGUUCAGGGACCCUUCCAUCAUCCGAAUCUAAUUUCUCUGCAGCUGACUGCUUGGAGAUUGAACGCUUGAUUUUAUCUAAGCGAGGGUUCUCUGAUGCGGUCAUUGAUACCUUGAUCCAGGCACGUAAGCCUGUUACUAGAAAGAUUUACCAUAAGAUAUGGCGUAAAUAUCUUUAUUGGUGCGAAUCCAAGGGCUACUCAUGGAGUAAGAUUAGGAUUCCUAGGAUUUUGUCCUUUCUCCAAGAAGGAUUGGAGAAAGGGUUAUCAGUAAGUUCCUUAAAGGGACAGAUUUAUGCUUUAUCUAUUUUGCUACACAAACGUCUGGCAGAUAUUCCGGAUGUUCAAUCCUUUUGUCAGGCUCUGACUAGAAUCAGGCCUGUGUUUAGACCUAUUGCUCCUCCUUGGAGUUUGAAUUUAGUUCUUAAUGUUCUUCAAGGGGUUCCGUUUGAACCUAUGCAUUCCAUAGAUAUUAAAUUAUCUUGGAAAGUUUUUUAUUUUUGGUUGCUAUUUCUUCUGCUCGCAGAGUUUCUGAGCUUUCAGCAUUACAAUGCGAUUCUCCUUACCUUAUUUUUCAUUCCGAUAAGGUAGUGUUACGUACCAAACCUGGUUUUCUUCCUAAGGUUGUUUCCAACAAAAAUAUUAAUCAGGAAAUUAUGGUUCCUUCAUUGUGUCCUAAUCCUUCUUCUAAGAAGGAGCGUCUGAUACAUAACUUGGACGUGGUCCGUGCCCUGAAGUUUUACUUGCAGGCGACUAAAGAAUUUCGUCAAUCAUCUUCAUUAUUUGUUUUUUCUGGAAAACGUAGGGUCCAGAAAGCUACGGCUACCUCUCUUUCUUUUUGGCUAAAGAGUAUCAUCCGUUUUGCAUAUGAGACUGCUGGACAGCAGCCUCCUGAAAGAAUUACGUCUCAUUCCACUAGGGCUGUGGCUUCCUCAUGGACAUUCAAAAAUUAGGCUUCUGUUGAAUAGAUUUGCAAGGCUGCAACUUGGUCGUCUCUUCAUCCUUUUUCCAAAUUUGAUACUUUUGCCUCGCCCGAGGCUGUUUUUGGGAGAAAGGUUCUUCAAGCAGUGGUGCCUUCCGUUUAGGCUCCUGUCUUGUCCCUCCCUUUCAUCCAUGUCCUAUAGCUUUGGUAUUGUAUCCCAUAAGUAAGGAUGAAAUCUGUGGACUUGUCAUAUCUUGUAAAAGAAAAGGAAAUUUAUGCAUACUGAUAAAUGUAUUUCUUUUACGAUAUGACGAGUCCACGGCCCACCCUGUCAUUUUCUAAGACAGGUCUUUAUUUUUGUUAAACUUCAGUCACCUCUGCACCUUGGCUUUUCCUUUCUCUUCCUAACGUCGGUCGAAUGACUGGAGUGGGAGGGAAGGGAGCAGCUAUAUAUACAGCUUUGCUGUGGUGCUCUUUGCCUCCUCCUGCUGAACAGGAGGCGAUAUCCCAUAAGUAAGGAUGAAAUCCGUGGACUCGUCAUAUCGUAAAAGAAAUAUAUUUAUCAGGUAAGCAUAAAUUUCCUUUUUGCUUUGUUCUCUUAGCAUUCUUAGAUGAAAGCUAAACCUAGGUAAGAUCAUAUGCUAGUUUCUUAGACCUUGAAGGCCACCUGUAAUCUGAAUGCAUUUUGACAGUUUUUCACCACUAGGGAGUUAGUUCAUGUGUGUCAUAUAGAUUAUAUUGAGCUCAUACACGUGAAGUUACCUACGAGUCAGCACGGAUUGGCUAAAAUGCAAGUCUGUCAAAAGAACUGAAAUAAGGGGGCAUAUAUACAAGGCAAUUACAAAGGUAAAAUGCGUAUUAUUAUAACAGUGUUGGUUAUGCAAAACUGGGAAAUGGGUAUCUUUUAAACAACAAUUCUGGUGUUGACUGUCCCUUUAAUGCAUGAUAGGCCAUUUUUGCAUAUGUCUCAUACAUGUAAUGAACCUGAUAAUUUUGUGUAGGGUGAAGGAACCCUCACCUGUGUGAUGUAAUGGGGCCCUGACUAAUAACAUUGUUACGCUAUGUGCACAAUGUACAUUAAAAAAUAUUUGUCCUUCUAAAUUGUAAUGCAACGGACAGGCUACUGUAAAAUAUCAAGGCUUCUGUUGUUUAUAAAGAGACAGUUAUUUUAAAUAGUUUCAUAAGCACCAAAUCUGUCAUAACUCUUUAAGUAUUCAAACUUGCAAGUGUAUAAUUUAUUAAAAAUAUUAGAACUGGAUUAAAGGGACAGUCUACUCCAUAAUUUGUAUUAUUAAAAAGAUAGAUAAUCCCUUUAUUACCCAUUCCCCAGUUUUGCAUAAGCAUCACAGUUAUAGUAAUAUACUUUUUACCUUUGUAUUUAAGCCUCUGACCCCUUGUUUCAGUUUUUUUACAGACUUGCAUUUUAACCAAAAUCAGUGCUGACUAAUGGGUAACUCCACAGGCGUUAGAACAAUAUUAUUCUUAUGGCACACAUGAACUAACGCUGUAUAUCUGUGAAAAACUCUCCAAAUGCACUGAGAUAAGAGGCAGCCUUCAAGGGCUUAGAAAUUAGUAUAUGAGAAUACGUAGAUUUAGCUUUCAACAAAGAGUACCAACGGAACAAAGCAAAUUUGAUGUUAAAAGUAAGUUGGAAAGUUGUUUAAAAUUGCGUGCCCUAUCUGAAUCACAAAAGUUUAAUUUUGACUAGACUGUCCCUUUAACUAAACAAACCAAUGAAAUUAGAAAGCUGUUCAUUUAGUUUCUCCUAUAUAUUAUUUAGAGAAGCUCAAUUAAAUAAUUUGGUAUUGGUUUGUUUACUUAUCUAAUUUUGGCCAAAAUUAGAUUAUGUUCAUUAUCUGUUUGUUUAAAAUACAAUUAACCCUUUCUUGUCUGGGUUAACGUGUCUACAUCAGAACAACUGUUCCGAUGUAAACAAAUUGAAAUCUUGCGAUCGUGCACGUGAUGACGAGAUUUCAAUGAUGGGAUCACCUCAGGGGGUUGUCCCUAUGAUGCUAGGCACGCCCUCCACACCACGAUCCCAUCAGGGAAGCGCCAGUGGCUUCAGGAAUCGGUUAGGACGUUUUAUUCCGUCCUUCUGCGCUAAAGCCCAGCAAAAUUCAGACGGAAUACAACAUCCUAACAGCGUGAAAAGGUUAAUAAAAACUAUUUUUUUGCACAUUAUUUACUUUAGAAAUCCUCCAUUUUUAAAAAAAAAUCUAUUUUAAUGAGCAGUAAGUGAUCGGGCCAAUUUUCAUUGUCCUAUAACGGCAGAAUUGGAGAUACUGUGCGUGUAUGGAUCACUUGCUGCUUGUAAAAAAAAAAAAGUCACUUUCUGAAGAGGGAUUUAAAUGAUAAAAAAAAAUUAUAUAAAACUGUAAAUUUGUUGUUAUAUAUUUAUGGUGCUUGUAAUCCUAUUAGAGGAAACUUUAUUUUAAUAUUGUUUGUACCAUAAAACUAAAGAAGAAAUCUGUCUAAAAGCACUGACCGAGCAGUCACUCUACCUAACCCUCCGAAGCGCCAAAUGAAAGCAGCUGAAGCGUUUGUCAGGAGUUUGUCAUAUGCGCCAGUAGUAUUGGUAAUAAAGCUCACAAACCUAUUCUAGUGUAAUCAAAGAUAUGGUUAAUUACAUAUUGUACAGGAAUAUACAAUAUCCGCAUCUCUUCUAAGUAAAAUGCUCUGAAAAUAGUAUUUUAAUUGCUUUUUUUAUGUAAUAUAAUAAUUUUUUCCCCUAUUUUAAUGCAGAUUGCACAAUAUGUACAAUUGAUAUUUGUUCAUUAUUUUAGUCCUAAAAAAGUGUAUUUAAAUAUUUUUUUUUUAUUAUUAUAGGAGUGUUUUGAGUUUGUAGCAAUAAAUAAAAACAAGGAUUUCAAUGAAAUAUAAUCUAUAUUUUGUGGCGGAAAUAAAAAAUAAAGGUUUAAUAUGUUUUUAAAAAAUA